GCGGCAAACCUCGCUUUCCGUUUCCGCCGGAAGUCAGGGCGGGGGGCGGUGGCACCGAGCGAGAGACUCAACCGGUCUUGGUCUCGUGACGCCCCCGUGCCGCUUCCAGCAGCUGGAGGAGCGGCGGCGGGUCGCAGCAUGGCGGCGGCGGCGACGGUGGCGCUAACUCAGGGCCUGGAGCGCGUCCCGGACCAGACCGGAUACCUGGUCAUCUGCGACGGAGCGGUGCUGGCAUCUUCGGGUGACCUGGAGAACGACGAGCGGACGGCCGGGGUGAUCUCGGAGCUGGUGAACACGGCCUGCGCCUUCCGCCUGCCCCGCGGCCCUGAGGUGCCCUUCCGACGCAUCUCCGUGGUGUUUGGGGAACAUUCCUACCUUGUGACCAUCUCUGGCCAGAAGCUGUUUGUGGUGAAGAGGCAGAACGGCAUCCGGGAGCCAGUGAUUGUCUGAGCUUGACUUGCCUGCUGGGACUUGGGCCAGCUGGUUGAGGCAGAGGAGAGAGCUGGAAUGCAGGACAAAAGCCCCUUCGGGUGUGGGUAUUGGGGGGGGCUUCAUCCCAUGGGGUUACACAUGCCUGUGUGUGGCGGCUGGAUGGCUCACUGGGGUGUGUUGCACAUACUGUUAAAGGGCUUUGCCCCAACAGGAGUUUAAUACAUACAGCUGUGGCAUGACAGCUGUAUCACUUGGAAUAAAGUUUUUUUUUAAAAAAGCAACUAUGACCCUCUUGGUCUGGCUGCUUGGCAAACGUCA